AUGGCCCUCCCCACUGUGACAUUUGUUUCAGGGGGGAGGGUGCAGGUGAAGCCUGCUGGUUCUCAUGUUUCAAGGGAGCAACCCUCAUCACAGCAUGGAUGGCCUCACCAUCCUCCUACAGAGGAUGUGAUGAUGAGUGACCAUGCUGUCAACUUCCCAGACAUCCCUAGUGAUGUCCAAAUGACUCUGGAUGAGGGUGCACCCUCUGUUCCUGCACAGGGAACAAUGUUCCCUGAGUUCAAUGGGAUGGAAUGGCCCCAUUGUGUGCUUAGUCUGGGCAAAGGCUCAGACAGUAAGAAUAAAAUCCUCUUCAUGAGGGUCAACAACAAUCUCUAUGCCUAUGAGGGUGAAAAGAUUGACAGUGUGAAGUGCAACCUCAGGUUGUGCAUUGUCCCACUGGUCCUGGUGGGCAAGAGACCAUAUGGCUGGGCCAUCCAAUUUGAAGGAGGCAUCCUGGGGCCCAUUGCCCUCUUCAACACCCCAGAUGAUAUCUGCCAGCUCUACAUGAGAGUGUUAAAGGAGCCAAAAGAUAAGGCUCCCUGCAUCCAAAAGGUGCAGGACCUUAUAACUUACCUCAACUUGUGGAAAAGAUGCAAGUUGGGGUCCAAUGAGGUCAUCAACCUUGCACUGAGUGAAUGGAAGCCCCCUGCAUGGUCUUCCAAGAAAUCUUGCAAGAGGAGAGAGGCUCUCAAAGAAAAGGGGAAGGCAGUCUCUGAACAAAGGCCUGGGCCAAGCUCCCAAACUCAGUCCUCUAUGAGGACUCAACCUCCUUGCAAGGCAAAAGGGGCCAAGCCCUCUGCUGGGAAGUCUAGGGGUAUCCCUGAGCUACCAUCAAAUGCCCCUCCCCUCGACAGCUCUGUCAAAGCUUGGAGGUGUUGGAGAUAUAUUCUCCCCUGUGUUCUGCUCACUUUGCUUGUUGCACUACUGAGGAUACCUACAGCAUCCUUCAAAAGGAGGGAGUUCAUCAACAAAGAACAGAGGCACCCUUGCUGGGGUGAAGAUGGCAAGUCCACACUCAUGGCCAUGCUCCCAGGGGUACUGGGGACAUUGAGCAGGCCAGAUGACUCCAAUGCAGAGGCUGAUCCUCCAUCUCUGCACAACAUCCAAGGUAAGGGGAUGAUAUUGGUCCCUCCCAACUGGGUGGAAGUCAGCCCAGUUGAAGCUGGUCAAGAGUAUGUCAACAGCAUCAUUGCAAAUGGAGGGGAGAAUAACCCUCAGGUUAUGGCAAAAAUCAAGCCCCUGAGGAAGGCUCUUGCCAAACCUUGCCCCCCAAGCAAUGUCAGAUUGAGGGAGUGGUACAAGCAUCAGGCUCAAGCCAUUGGUUGCACCAUCAACCAGGUCCCUCCAGUGUUUAUCUAUGACCUUCUCCACUGUCCUUGUGGGGGAGCAUCUACUGUCAGGGGAAAUCCCCCUGAGCCCAAGGAGGGUGAAAUGACUGACAACCUGUUCAAGGAUGAGGAUAGGUCACAAAUGUGA